AUGUCACAGGAUGAGCAGACUCUGCUGAAAGUCACUUCAAGUUGCGCGGACAAUCCUCCAAGUACCGACGACAUGCUCGACGAUACCCCGAUUACAAUUCCGCGUUCUCAAUUCCAGCUCCUCCAUCUUCAUAUCAACGAACUUCAGAAAGACGUCCAAGAAGCCAAGGAAGAGUCAGCGCAUUACAUGAAAGCUGCUAAAGACAUACCUAAGAGCAAAUUCAGCAUUCAUAAGAAGACCGAGAAGCUGUUUCAGGAUAUGGAUCUCGCAAAGAGUCGGGCCAAGAGGCAUAUUGGCAAACGUAUGUCAGAGAUGGACGAGCGUUGGUUUGAGGGGAAGAAGCGAAAUCGAAUUCUUACCGAAGAGAUAGCGCAGUUGAGGAUGAUGCUUGCGACUACUAUCCGCAAGCGCCAACACGAAGGGCGGAAGAAUACUACUGUCAAGUCUGAUGUAGGAAGAGAUGUGGAGAAUGAUAUGAGAUCAAAUCGAAAGAAGAGGAAGGCGGUGGAGGAGGCGGACACAACCAUACAAGAAUGCUCAACUUCAUUCAAGAAAAUGAAGGUUAAUGAGACCGUCAGAGGUUCCGAGGAAGGUUAUAUGACCAAUGAAGGAGUGGAAGUGAUGCCUUCUGAAGGGAACUCGGAGCACGAUGUCCAGGGAAUGGUAGAGGAAGCUGUUGAACAAGCUUUUGCAGACGUUUUGGCUGGGUGCGCUGCCCUGAAGCAGGAAGUGGAUGAUUGUGACAUAAUUGCAGAAAGAUAG